AUGUCACUCUUUGGCGGUUCACGAAUUGGCAGUCGUAGGGUUACCCCGCCAUGCGGCUGCUACAUCUUCAUCCAAGACACGCCCAGGUACCUCCCUCAGGUCCAGAUCAAGGCUCAUACCACGAUCCUCGCCACAACAUCUCGCACCAACCUCACCCAAACUUUUGUCAACCCCAGCGGCGAAGCGAUUGAUGAAUUGCGCUAUGUCUUCCCUCUCUAUGACGGUGUCUCCGUCGUCGCCUUCACCUGCACCGUUGGCUCUCGCGGCAUCAAAGGCGUAGUCAAAGAACGACAGAAGGCUCAGCAAGUCUACAAUGAAGCCAAGGCCAAAGGACAAACCGCUGGCCUGUUCAAACAGUCCCUUGAAGCAGCUGAUACUUUCACUACCACUAUUGGAAAUGUCCCAGCUGGUGAAAAGGUGCAGGUAGACAUCACGUACCUUGGAGAGCUCAAGCAUGAUGCUCAAGUCGAUGGUCUUCGCUUUACUAUCCCAACAGAGAUUGUUCCACGAUAUGGGGAUUCUCAAUCCCUCCCCUCGUCUAACGUUUUGCAGAAAGAUGGGAUCUCGUUCACCAUCGAUGCAGAGAUGCCAGACGGCUCAGCCAUCAAAUCCAUUCAGUCCCCGUCUCAUCCUCUUUCAGUAGAGAUCGGCACCACCUCUACCACGAAGUCCCAGGAUCCCUCCCUCCAGAGAGCCUCAGCUACCCUCCAACAGGGCACUACCCAUCUGGAAGAAGACUUUGUUGUCCAAGUAGUCGCCACAAAGCUAGGAGAACCGUCAGCUAUCCUGGAAACUCACCCCACCAUCCCGAAUCAACGCGCCAUCAUGACCACGCUUGUCCCCAAGUUCAAACUACCUGCCGAAAAGCCAGAGAUUGUUUUCAUCUGCGACAGAAGUGGAAGUAUGGGUGGCCAGAUCCCUGGCCUCAAAACCGCUCUCCAGAUCUUUCUCAAGUCUCUCCCUGUUGGCGUCAAGUUCAACAUCUGCAGUUUUGGCUCACAUUUCAGUUUCCUCUGGGAUCGGUCUCAGUCUUACAGCCAAGAGACACUCGACAAGGCUGUUCAGCACGUUGAGACUUUUGACAGCGACUAUGGCGGCACUGAAAUGUAUCAGCCAUUCGAGGCUACUUUCAAGAAGCGCUACAAGGACAUGAACCUCGAAGUCUUCCUGCUCACAGACGGCGAGAUCUGGGACCAAGAUCGACUUUUCCAGCUUAUCAACAAGGAAGUGGCUGAUAGCAAGGGUGCUGCGCGAGUCUUUUCUCUUGGUAUUGGAGCAGGUGCCAGUACCUCUCUGAUUGAGGGUAUUGCUAGAGCUGGUAACGGCUUUGCUCAGACGGUUGCUGAUGAUGAGAAGAUGGACAAGAAGGUAGUCCGCAUGCUUCGAGGAGCUUUGUUUCCUCAUAUUUCGGAUUAUUCUCUGGAGAUCAAGUAUGACAAAGGAGAUUCUUCGGCCGAAGAUGACUUUGAGUUGGUUGAGAAGGUCAUUGACGCGUUGAAGAUUGAUACUGUCCAGGACGAAAGGAAGACCAAGGAAGUGGAAGUACCAAAGAAGCCCAUCUCCUUGUUUGACGCAUCUUCCAAAGAUGAUGACGAUACCGAGAUGACUGAAGCCCCAGAGAUCGACAACAAGUUUGACCAUCUUCCUGGCGUUCCUCUUCCUCGUUAUCUGCAGACACCCGGCACCAUCCCUCCGCUUUUCCCUUUCAACCGUACCACCGUGUACGUCCUUCUCUCCGAUGACACUCCUUCACAGCAACCCAAAUCUGUCAUCCUCAGAGGCACCUCGAGCCAUGGUCCUCUUGAACUCGAGAUCCCCAUCACGGCAGUCGCCGAUAAAGACUCUGUCAUUCAUCAACUCGCAGCACGGAAGGAAGUCAAGGAACUUGAAGAAGGCCGGGGAUGGCUCAAGCAUGCCAAGGACUCCGACGGCAAACUACUGGGGGAGAAGUACGAUGGCCGCUUCUCUGACAUGGUCGAGCGUGAGGCUGUGCGUCUUGGUGUCAAAUAUCAGGUUGGAGGCAAGUGGUGCUCAUUCGUGGCUGUUGAGGAUAACGGAAGCGAGGUAGAGCGAGGAGAAGCCCAAGAGGCUGUACCUGAUGAGCCUUUACGGCGCGCCAUGCCACAAAUGAUGACUGCUAGCUUCGGUGCAGCGAGCAGUGGCAAACCUUUUCUUUCGUUUCUCAGCCGUUCUCGCAAAUCAAACCAGCCAGAUACCAGGAGCACCGGGGGUUUUGGAAGUACCGGCAGUGUAACACUCGGAGCUGCUCCAGCUACAGCUCGAUACGCCAAACUUUCUUCUGCAGGUCGUGGUGGUGGCCUUUUCGGAAGUUCUGGGUCGUCCAACCGCGGUGGAGGACUGUUCGGAAACUCAAACGCUCAAGCCCGCAGUUUCGCCCCAGGGUCUAGUGCAUCAUCUGGUAGUCUUUUCGGUGCUGCGCCGGGAGGAUCGUUUAGCACAACGGGAGGCCUGUUUGGCAGUGCUUCUAUACCUCCCCCUCCUCCUCCUGCAGCACCAACUGUUCAAGCCGCAGCACUCGCACCCCCCGCGGCUGCAGUUGAUGAAGAUCUUAUCGAUGAGUAUCAGAAAGAGAUGGAUGAGGCUGCAGCUAUGCCGCUGGACUGUUCAAUCGAAGGCGAAGAGUCUGAUGAAGACAUGGGGUUUGCAUUGAUGGACGACGGACCUCCUGCUCCUGCACCAGCUGCCUUCUCUUCCUUCUGCUCCAUGCCUGCAACCUCUAUUGCUACAGCUCCCAAGAAAAAGUCCAUCGGCGACAUGGAGCCAUUGCAGGCUUUGACUUCUCUUCAAACAUUUGCAGGUAGCUGGUCGUGGAGUUCGGAUCUCGAGCAUGUUCUGGGCUUGACCUCUGAGCAGGUUUCCAAGUUGGCGCUCCCGGCUUCAGUCAAGGACCAUUCAGAGAAGGACGAUGUGCUGGCUACCGCGUGUGCUGUGUUGUUCUUCAAGAAGAAGCUGCAAGAGGAGAUGGAUACUUGGGAAAUGUUGGUUGAGAAGGCGGAGGGAUGGUUGGAGGACAACAUUGGGGAGGAUGAUGUUUCUGAGCUACUUAGUGUGCUCGAGAAGUUGUUUUAA